AUGUUUCAAGCUAAUCUCGGCCGGGGACUAGCCUUAGGAGCAAAAAAACAAAGUCCCGGUACUCCAAAUGGUCCCGGUAAUAAUACAAAACCGGCGGUAAGACAACAAGUAAAACCAUUUACAAAAGAAUCAUUAGAAAGAUUAGAAAGUAAAACUGUACAAUUAGUUCGCGAUUAUGGAUUUCAACCUAGAAGAAAAUUAUCCGUACAAGAUGGUUCCAUUUUACCAACAAAAUUUGAACCUUUUCCCAAAAAAUUAUAUGGUCGCCCUUUGGAAGAAAUCGAUAAUUUUAUUUAUGAUGAGACGUUUUGUGUUGUUUCUAAACGUUUUCGUAAAAAUUACAUUCAUCGAUUUGCCGCAACGAGAUCGUUUUUCAUAUUUUCCCCAUGGAAUCCCGUACGUCAAACCUGUAUUUUCCUUUCGACAAAUCAACUUUUUGAUUACGUGGUUAUGACAACAAUUUUACUUAAUUGUGUUUUUCUCGCUAUGACGGAGCCUGUAGAAGAAGCUGAAUUUGUUUUUCUUGCAAUAUACACAGCCGAAAUGAUAAUAAAAGCAAUAGCAAAAGGUUUUAUAUUAAAUAAAUACACAUACCUCAGGAAUCCAUGGAACUGGUUAGAUUUCGUUGUCAUAACUUCCGGUUAUGCGACUAUCGGUAUGGAAGUUGGAAAUUUAGCCGGAUUAAGAACUUUUAGAGUUUUAAGAGCUUUGAAAACAGUUUCGAUAAUGCCAGGAUUAAAAACUAUAAUUAACGCUCUCCUUCAUUCAUUCAAACAAUUAGCAGAAGUCAUGACAUUGACUAUUUUUUGCCUGAUGGUUUUUGCUUUGUUUGCACUUCAAGUCUACAUGGGAGAACUUAGAAAUAAAUGCGUUAAAAUAGAUAAGGAAAAUGUAACCGGAAAUGAAUGGGUUAAAUCGUUGUGGAAUACGGAUAACUGGUUAAAAAAUGAUGAUGAUAGUCCUGUGGUAUGUGGGAAUGCAACGGGUGCAAGACACUGUCCAUUUGGUUAUGUGUGUCUUAGAGUAGGUGAAAAUCCAAAUUACGGGUUUACUAAUUUUGACAAUUUUUUAUGGUCAAUGCUCACAACUUUUCAGUUAAUUACUUUAGAUUACUGGGAAAACGUUUAUAAUAUGGUUAUUAGCUCAAGCGGUCCCGUGAGCGUAGUUUUUUUUACCGUUGUCGUAUUUUUCGGUUCAUUUUAUUUAAUUAAUUUGAUGUUGGCUGUGGUAGCGUUAAGUUAUGAAGAAGAAGCUGAAAUAACUCAAGAGGAACGUAGGAAGGAUCUCGUAGAUCAUCGAGACGAUUCAACCUUUAGUUUCGAUCCCGCCUCAUUAGAUGUCAAACAACUAGAUAAAAAUAAUAAAAAAAAAAUUGAUUCUAAAAAAGGUGUUUUAUUAUCAUCGUAUACUCGAAAAAAAACAAAACGUCGAAAAGGGAGAGUCAAAGAAGGAAAUAAUGAUAAUAGUAAUAACGAAUUAAAUGUUAAAAAACAAGUUACAAAUACUAAUGAUCAACAAUCUAAUUUAAAUACUCAGACACCUGUUUCUAGACCUACAGUUUUAGAAUUAGAUAAUUCAAAUAAUCAAUCAGAAAAAGAAGCAUUAAUGCAAUCAACAACAACAGCAACAACAGUUCAACAGACGGAAGCUGUUUCAGAAUUAAAGAAAAAAAAACAGUUGAAAAAUAUUGGACUUAAAAAUACAAUUAAAGAAUCGUCUUUGGAUGAUUCAGGUGUUGUAGAUGAUCACGAUGAAAACGAUGGUGAUGAUAAUUCUACCGUUCAGAAAAUGCAAUCAGUUACAAUAGCCGUGAGAACAAAAGAAAAAGAAAUAAGAAUAUUAAAAUGUAAUGGCGUUAACUCAGGGCAGGACCCAAAAAAAAUUUUAAAAGAACAAUUGUACACAUUGCCAUCGGAUUACUUAUCGCAUGUUGUUGUUCUUGACGAUUUGAUUGAUAGAAAUUGUGAAACGUGUAUGACUUGCUGCGUGGAUUAUGAUGGAUGGCUAAGGUUUCAAAAUUGUUUGUAUAAAUUUGUACGAGACCCCCUAUUCGAAUUACUCAUAACCGUUUGCAUUGUAUUAAAUACAAUGUUUCUUGCAAUGGAACAUCAUGGAAUGAGUGAUUCAGUACGUCAGGCCCUUGAUAUUGGAAACAAAGUUUUUACUUCCAUAUUUACUUUCGAGUGCUUCCUAAAACUAUUAGCUCUAAGCAAAGAAUUUUUUGAUUGCGGUUGGAAUAUAUUUGAUUUAAUUAUAGUUUCAGCUAGCCUCUUAGAUCUUUCCAUAGAAAUAUUAGAUGGCCUAACCGUACUUCGAGGUUUGAGAUUAUUAAGAGUUCUCAAACUAGCUCAGUCUUGGACGACAAUGAAAGUUUUGCUAAGCAUCAUCAUAUCGACAAUAGGAGCCUUAGGAAAUUUGACUUUCGUUCUCGUCAUUGUCAUUUACAUAUUUGCCGUAAUAGGAAUGCAAUUAUUUUCCAAAGAUUACACUUAUGAAAAAUUUGCACCCGAUCCAGUUCCCAGAUGGAAUUUCAAUGAUUUUUUUCAUUCGUUUAUGAUGAUUUUUCGAAUCCUUUGCGGUGAAUGGAUCGAACCAUUAUGGGAUUGCAUGCGAGCAGAAUCUGAGGAAGGAGGAGCAAAAACUUGUUUUUUUAUUUUUCUUCCUGCUCUAGUUAUGGGAAAUUUUAUGGUUUUAAAUCUUUUCUUGGCUUUGUUGCUCAAUAGUUUUAAUUCGGAAGAAUUAAAAAAUAAAAAAGAGGAAGUAGGAGAGGAUUCGCAAAUAACAAAAAGUUUCGAAAGGAUAAGAUCCAUCGUGAAUAAAAAAAAAUUUAAAAAAGGAAUCGGAAAAAAAUUUGAAACGUUCAAAUUAGAAAAUACCCUUCAAGAAUUAUUAAAAAAAAAUAGUGGUCAACAAACGGUAGUUAAAAAAGAAAGAGCCGAAUUUGUACUUAAAUGUUUCGACGAUAGUGCACAACAAUCAUACAAUCAAAGUGAUGCAAUUAAUUCUAAUUCAAAUAGCAGUGGUAAAAAUAAUAAUAAUAAUAAUAAUUCUAACAGAAGUCAAGAAGUUAAAUUUGAAGACGAUGAUUAUUAUAAAAAAAAAGACCGAAAGGAUAAAGUACCUUCCCACGGCGAACAGAAAGAAUACGUUUCAAGUAAAAAUGAUGAUAAGUAUAAUGUUGAAUCAAAGGCCUUUUCAUCGUCGACAAGUGACAAAACGGUUUCUUCCAUACCGGAACCAAUGGGAUUGUCAUCGAAUUCUAUAAACAGCGAAUCGGAUCCGAUUUAUUCACCUGCUAGUCGUUCCAGUUUAUCAACUUUUAAUAAAAGGUGUUCCAUAACGUUAUCCAUGCCCACUGACCCCAAUUUUAGUUUUUCCCUAUCCAGCAACGGAGAAUUGGAACCAGAAUUAUUACCUCAUUCUGAAUCUGUUAUUAAUAAAACAAGUAAUAAAAAAUCCGAGGAAUCAUUGGCUAAUUCCAUCGAAUCAUUGUCCCAAAUUCCCGCGGAUAAUAAAAAACUUUAUGAUCAGGAGUUAUCGAAAAGUCAAACCUCUUUACAAAAUUCAUCCAAACAGAAAAUUUCUAAAAAUAAAAAUCCACAGGAUUGUUUUCCAAAACAUUGUUAUCAAAGGUCUGCUUGUUGUAAUCAUUUAAUGGAAACCGAUUUGGGUAAAAAAUGGACGAAUUGCAGACGAUCGGUUUUAUCGGUUGUGGACACUCCAACGUUCGAAUGGAUAAUAUUAGUUUUAAUUUUUUCUUCGUCAAUCACGUUGUGCUUUGAAGAUAUUUAUUUAGAUAAUAAUAAAGUAUUAAAAAAUAUUCUUUAUUGGACGAAUUUAGGUUUUUGCGCGUUGUUUUCAAUUGAAAUGCUUUUAAAAUGGGUCGCGUUGGGUUUUUGGAAAUAUUUUACCAGUUUUUGGACCAUAUUAGAUUUUAUUAUUGUUUUUGUUUCUAUAUUUAGUUUGUUAAUUGAAGAAAAUGAAAAUUUAAAAGUUUUACGUUCUUUGAGAACUUUGAGAGCUCUCAGACCGUUACGUGCAAUAUCAAGAUGGCAGGGCAUGAGGAUUGUAGUCAAUGCUCUUAUGUAUGCAAUACCUUCUAUUUUUAACGUUCUUUUAGUUUGUUUAGUUUUUUGGUUGAUAUUUUCAAUAAUGGGAGUUCAAUUUUUUGGUGGGAAAUUUUUUAAAUGCAUUGAUGAAGAUGGAGAAUUGCUUCCAGUUAAUGUUGUGAAUGAUAAAUUUGAGUGCUUGUAUAAAAAUUACACUUGGACAAAUUCUAAAAUUACAUUUGAUCAUGUUGGGCAAGCGUAUUUAGCUUUGUUUCAAGUUGCUACUUUUGAAGGUUGGAUGGAAGUCAUGGCGGAUGCUGUUGAUGCACGAGGUGAAGAUUUACAACCUCAAAGAGAAGCAAAUUUAUACGCGUAUUUAUAUUUUGUUAUAUUUAUCGUUUGCGGUUCAUUUUUCACUCUUAAUCUUUUCAUCGGAGUUAUAAUUGACAAUUUUAACAUGCUUAAAAAAAAGUACGAAGGAGGAGUUUUAGAAAUGUUUCUCACGGAAUCUCAAAAGCAUUACUACACCGCCAUGAAAAAAUUAGGAAGAAAAAAACCUCAAAAAGUCAUACACAGACCUCUAAAUAAAUUUUUAGCCAUGUUUUACGAUUUAAGUAAUUCAAGAAGAUUUGAAAUCGCCAUUUUUAUUUUAAUAUUUUUAAAUAUGGUUACAAUGGCGGUAGAACAUUACGAUCAACCCCAUGCUAUUUUUUUCGUUUUAGAAGUCAGUAAUGCAUUUUUUACUACCGUUUUCGGACUUGAGGCCUUGGUUAAAAUUGUCGGAUUACGGUAUCACUAUUUUACCGUUCCUUGGAACGUAUUUGAUUUUUUAUUAGUUUUAGCAUCAAUUUUAGGGAUUUUAAUGGAAGAUAUUAUGAUUGAUUUUCCAAUAUCUCCAACAUUACUACGGGUUGUUAGAGUUUUUAGAAUAGGAAGAAUUUUAAGAUUAAUUAAGGCUGCCAAAGGAAUAAGAAAAUUACUUUUUGCCUUGGUAGUUUCUCUUCCGGCUCUUUUUAACAUAGGAGCUUUGUUAUCACUUAUAACAUUUAUAUAUGCUAUAAUUGGAAUGUCAAUAUUUGGCCAUGUUAAACGUCAGGGAGCGUUAGAUGAUAUUGUUAAUUUUGAAACUUUUGGCAGAAGCAUGCAAUUGUUAUUUAGGUUAAUGACUUCAGCAGGUUGGAACGAUGUUCUCGAAUCACUCAUGAUUCAGCCACCCGAUUGCAAUCCUCAAACACACACGAGCGCAAACGGAGAUUGUGGCUACCCAUUAUUAGCCAUAACAUAUUUUACAAGUUUUAUUAUAAUUAAUUACAUGAUUGUUAUUAACAUGUACAUAGCCAUUAUAUUAGAAAAUUUUAAUCAGGCGCACCAAGAGGAAGAAAUUGGAAUUGUCGAAGAUGAUUUGGAAAUGUUUUACAUAAGAUGGUCAAAGUACGAUCCUCAUGCUACGCAGUUUAUAAGAUUUAAUCAACUAUCAGAUUUUAUAGCAAGUUUAGAUCCUCCAUUGGGUAUAUCCAAACCGAAUAUAGUCGCGUUGGUCAGUUUCAAUCUUCCGAUUGCUCGUGGAAAUAAAAUUCAUUGUCUUGAUAUUUUACACGCGUUAGUAAAACAUGUUUUAGGUCAUGUCGAAGAGACGGACGAUUUUAAAAAGCUUCAAGACCAAAUGGAUGUUAAAUUCAAAAAGCAGUUUCCAACGCGAAAAGAACUAGAAAUUGUUUCAUCGACGAGGAUUUGGAAAAGACAAGAUAAAGCAGCAAGAUUGAUACAAAAAACAUUUCUUGAUUAUAUGAAGAGGAAAAAAGAAAAAGAAAAAGAAGAUUUGGAAGAUGAAGUAACUCAAACUUCCAGUCCCGGAGGAUGGCAGGGAAGGCUUUCUGCUUUUCUGAACGUACAUCGUGGCAGCAGAGCAAGCUCAAGGAAAUCAUCUCGAGCAUCGGAAGCCAGCGAUUUGUCCGAUAUUGGAGGACCGUGGUUAAAUUUGCCUUUAUUACUAUUAGGAAGAGAUGUUUGCAUAACAAUAAGUGAAGCAUCACCGGAUAAACCCGAAGAAGAAGAAAAUGAUCGAAAAGUUCAAAUAUCUUCACCUCCUCAAUUUUUAACUCCGUUAUCGAUAACAAGAAGAAGAAGUUUUAACAUAAUACAUAGAAGAGGAAGUAGUAGUAGUAGUAGUAAAGAUAAAAAAUUAAUUUUGCCUUCAUCCGAAAUAUUAAGAAGACGAAGCGUACGUGAAAAAUCAACGCACGCUGUGAAAAACAGUCCACCCAAACAACCUCCAAAAGAAUUCAUAAUAAAAAAACCGGAAAAGACAAAAGUUUUACAACAGGACAGCGACGGAACAAUAUCCAUAUUAGCCGAACAAGUUAUUCCGAGCGACAUUAAUAUUUUUCUAACGAAAUCAUUUACAAAAAAAAAUUCACCGACGGAACUUUCUCGUCCGACAAACGAACCGGAAAAACCCAUUCAAAUCCCACGUUCAACAUCGAAAGAUGGCGUCGAUUCUACAAUCGUUCAUGCUCUCUAUUUCUUCAAGGAAUAUCCCGAAGGAAACUUAACUAAACCAUAA